AUGGUGACGGUCGGCAAGUCGCACCCGGGUGGUGACCCCGUUCACCCUCUCCCCACCUCACCCGACCCGGUCGGCGCCAGCUCCCCGCCAUCAAAGCGAGAUUUAGCGUCAUGGUGGAAGCAGUUCAAACGGAGCACCCGGAAAGACGAAUUGAAAGAAGAAACACCCCGCGGCAUCUUCGGAGUUCCGCUGAAUGUCAGCAUUAAGUAUGCCAAUGUGGCAAUCUCUUUGACAAACGAUCACGGUCAGAGCUCCAUAUAUGGAUACGUGCCCAUUGUUGUUGCGAAGUGUGGAGUUUUUCUAAAAGAAAAAGCAACGGAUGUCGAAGGAAUCUUUCGCCUUAACGGAUCGGCCAAGCGUAUUAAGGACCUCCAGGAGGUCUUCGACUCCCCCGAGCGAUAUGGUAAAGGACUCGACUGGUCCGGAUACACGGUCCACGAUGCAGCAAAUGUACUUCGCCGAUACCUAAACCAGCUGCCGGAGCCCAUCGUGCCAUUGGAGUUCUAUGAGCGCUUCCGUGAGCCUCUACGUAUCUACCAGCGACAAGUUCUAGAAGACAAGGAGACUGCCGAUGCCGAUAAGUUCGACCAUGCAAAGGCUGUCGAGACAUACCAGAACCUCAUCAUUGAGCUUCCCCCACUGAACAAGCAACUCCUCCUUUAUAUCCUUGACCUCCUCGCGGUCUUCGCCUCAAAGUCGGAUCAGAAUCGCAUGCCGUCGGGUAAUCUGUCCGCGAUCUUCCAACCAGGCAUGCUGUCCCACCCUCAGCAUGAUAUGUCGCCAGAGGAAUAUAAGUUGAGUCAGGAUGUGUUGAUCUUCUUGAUUGAGAACCAGGACCACUUCCUGUUCGGAAUGAGUGGCACGGCUGCCGAUGAGCAGACCAUGAAAGAGGUCGAGGGAGGCAUUUCACGACCCGUAUCUCACACAACCGUCCGACGAUCCGUGUCCAACGCCAGUGCCAACACAGAAAGCCAUCGCAAGUUAGACAGUAUCCGGCGCAAUGUCUCCGUUUCAUCGCGCAACUCCCGUCAUUCUAACAACGCCCAAAGCCCCGUAACUCCUACCUCAAUCACCGCUGGUGGUGGCGGUGUUCACCGAAGCAACACUUUACCCUCAAAGAUGGGUCCAGUCUUGACUUCUGCGCGUUAUGCACGAGCCAACGACACGGGGUCGAACAGCCCUUCCGGGCUCGCCUUCUCUCAUCAGAGUUCUCGAUCGACGAGUCGAACACCAUCAGUGCGCGAAGAACCUGAGCAGCCUCAGCCGAUCCCUGAGUCGAUGUCUCAUCCGGAUCCUCAGCCAGUCCCUGAACAGGCUUCGGAGCAGCAGCAUCCUGAGCAACGGGCCCCUGGUCAAUCAAGCACCUCAUUGGCUCCAGGCAACGCCUAUGUACACACGUCAACCCAUGGGCCAUUGCCUCCGGCAACUGCUGAACGUCUUAGCCUCAGUGAAACUGCCAGGCCACAUGAGAAUCUCAGUACGGCCGUCGCAUCACCCCCGGUCGCAUCACCUCCACAAGUUGUUACCCCGAGCCGCGAGAGGAAACUCUCAAAUUUCUUCACGAAGUCACCGCCAGCUGAUGGUGAGCUGAGAGAACCUCGGCAACCGAAUCGCUUGAAGAAGAAGCGCAUUCCCGGUAGUGCAAGUAUUAGCGCCCAAAGCUCGGCUAACUCACUCCAUGCCUCAAAUGCAGAUCCUAGUGCGGAUCUUGAACCUAAGCACGAUAACCGAUCCGUGGAAGCCGCUGUUGGCGAUACCACACCCAGACCACCAAAUGCCCCCACACUCGGCAACCGAGAGAACCCUUUAGACUCGAACCCGGCUCUCACAGAAAGUACUUCGCAACCUCACAAUGAACACUCUCUGCGACCUAAGAAGUCCCGCACGCCCUCCAUGAACUCUCGUUCAUCGUUCACUGAUCAGUCUGACAUGGAUCAGCCUGACGAUGCUUCUCGUCAUGAGAACCGCCGUAGUUGGCGAUUCCAUCGGUCAUCCAAGCGCACCAGUGAGCAACUUGGACUAGGCGUCGCGUCUCCCCCUCUGUUGGCGACGAAUCCCCGAGCCGAACAAAGCACUAGUUCAAUCGGCAGCGGUAACUAUCAAAGCACAGACCUCUCCAGCCACCCACUGAGUUUGGAUGCUGGUGUUCAAGGCACCUCGUCCGCAGGAUCUGAGCAUGAGAAGAAGAGUUUGUUCGGAAAAUUCAAGGCGAAGGUCGCUCAGGUUGUUAAGGACGAGCGUGAGCGCACAAAAAGCCCCACCCGGUCGGAGGACGAUCCUUCCCUCACCAAUCAGCCUCUUUCUCCCAUUAUCACAGAAUCGACGAAUGGAAACCCCACCCCAGUCGAUGUCCAACGCGAACAGCCCAAGGAAGAGCAUAUGCGUUCACCUGUGUCUCCCUUGCCUGGCGCUGGUCUUCCACCGUCUAUCCCCGAAGAGCCGCAUAGUCCCAAGCCGUCUGUGGCUGAGGUUGUCAUUGAAGAGAAGGAGCCCACUCAGUCGUCCGCUACCGAGUCUGUGUUGGUAUCAGAGCCAACAGUGUCCCAUGAAAUCCCGAAAGAGACAGCAGGACCGUCUACCUCGGCUGCUUGA